CGGUGUCGCGGUGGCGGCGGCGGGGCCGCGCGCGCCCGGGAUGGACAUCGGGCCCCACGCAGGGCACGCGGAGAGCCGGAAAGAGCACUGGAAGCUCCUUGGCAACUUGAAGACCACAGUGGAAGGUUUGGUGUCCAUCAGCAACCCAAAUGUCUGGUCCAAGUAUGGUGGCUUGGAACGGCUCUGCAGAGACAUGCACAGCAUCCUCUACCAUGGUCUCAUCCAUGACAAGGUGUGCUGCAGACAGAAGGAUUACUGGCACUUUGUGAAGGACAUUCGCUGGCUGAGCCCAGGCUCUGCUCAUCACCUGGAGAAGUUCAUCAGCCUGCAGGAGAGUGGCCAGCGUGACCCUGAGGGCCCAGGGGACCAGGCCAUUGCCCAGCUGUGGCUGCAGCACAGCCUGCAGUGCCACUGCCUGUCAGCUCAGCUCAGGCCACUCCUGGGGAACAGGCAGUACAUUAGGAAGUUCUACACAGAUACUGCCUUCCUGCUCAGUGACGCCCACGUCACGGCCAUGCUGCAGUGCCUGGAAGCUGUUGAGCAGAACAACCCCAGGCUUCUGGCUCAGAUCGACACCUCCAUGCUGGCUGGCACGUCACUGCCAUCCCUGUGCGCGUCAGAGCCUUCUGCUGGGACAAGGGACAUGUGUGAGCACAGUGCUGAGGGACACCAGAGCCGUCUCCCGGGAGCACUGGGCUGCCUGGAUCAUUUCACUGAGAGCCUGCUUACCAGGAAAAGUGACAAUCCAUCUCCAGUGACCAAGAGUCAGAGCCUGACUGCCCUCCCUGCAUCCCCGUGCGUCCCUGCUGCCCCCUGCACUCAGCAGCGCUGCUUUGGGUCCUUCUCCAGCCUCCAGCAUCCAGCUUCCUCUGGCCUCUCAGACAGGAGACCAGUGAGUUCCUGUGGCAGCUCCAACUCCAGCCAGCCCCAGGAGCGCUGCCCGUCCACCCGCUCCUCCUCCUUCAGCGAGGGCAGGUCCCCUCUGGAGCAGCCCAGUUCUGUCUCUCGCUUCCACGUCCCCUCACACAAAGACCCCUUCUCUCCAGCCAGCGAGAUGAGCUCCAGCACCACCAGCCAGAGCGAGGAUACUUGGACAGGGAGUCAGGAUGAUCCACAGAGUGAUGUCAAUGACGGGCCAGAGUACCUGGCCAUUGGCAACCUGGGCCGCCGGGGCCGGGCGUGCAGCAGCAGCAGCAGCAGCACCAAGAGCAGCAGCAGCUCUAAACUCUUCUCCUCCAGCAGCUCCCAGAAGCUGGACUCAGUCUCGUCCCUGGGGGAGCAGGGGGCGAGCGGAGGUGGCAGCAGGAGCCUGAGCCUCUUGCGCCGGUCCAGCUUCUCAGAGGGACAGUCCUCAGCUCCACAGGGCAUCCUCAAGAAGAGCCACGUGCGCUCACACUCUGACACCAACGUGACUUCUGGGAAGUUGCACGGAGGCCUCAGGGACAUCACCAUUAUAAUAGAAGAUCCAGUGGCAGAGUCCCACGGUGAUCCCAGCGGAGGGAGAGGGCCGGUCUGUGCUUCCACGCAGAGCAGUGAACUGAGCACACCCAGCUCCCUCUACAUGGAGUAUGACUCUGGGCAGUACCUGAGCUCGGGGGAAGGGAUGUUCAGGAGACCUUCUGAAGGGCAGUCCCUCAUCAGCUACCUCUCUGAGCAGGACUUUGGCAGCUGUGCAGACCUGGAGAAGGAGAACGCCCACUUCAGCAUCUCAGAGUCCCUGAUCGCUGCCAUUGAGCUGAUGAAAUGCAACAUGAUGAGCCGGCAGCUGGAGGAGGAGGAGGAAGACAGUGACAAGGAGAUCCAGGAGCUUAAACAAAAGAUUCGCAUUCGGCGCCAGCAGAUCCGCACCAGGCACCUGUUCCCUGCCUGCCAGGAGCUGGGCUCAGACAGUCUCAUGGCAACAGACAGUGGGUCCCAGUUCAGCUCCCACGGUUCCAUGCGCCUCUCUGACUCUGGCUCUGCCGAGGAUGUGGAAGAGUAUGAGAUCCGAGAUGGUAACGAUGGAUCUAACCUGAUUCAAAUGUCCAAGAACGGCCUCUCAGUGUCAAUGGCUUCCUUGUUCUCAGAUGCAGACAUCAAGAGGAACCCAGACUCCAGCAGGAAGUCCUUUCUCUCCUCGGACUCCAUAUCCCACUCCUUCCUCAAUUCAAACUCGGCAGAGGCGGUGGCCAUGGGCUUGCUGAAGCAGUUUGAGGGCAUGCAGCUCCCAGCUGCCUCUGAAUUGGAGUGGCUGGUCCCUGAGCAUGAUGCCCCACAGAAGCUGCUGCCCAUCCCUGACUCUCUGCCUAUCUCUCCUGAUGAUGGAGAGCACGCUGACAUCUACAAGCUGAGGAUUCGGGUGCGUGGAAACCUGGAGUGGGCCCCGCCGCGGCCGCAGAUCAUCUUCAAUGUUCACCUGGCCCCAGCGAGAAAGGUGGCUGUGGCCAAGCAGAAUUACCGGUGUGCAGGCUGUGGCAUCCGGACUGAUCCUGAUUACAUCAAGCGGCUGCGGUACUGCGAGUACCUGGGCAAGUACUUCUGCCAGUGCUGCCACGAGAACGCCCAGACCGUCAUCCCCAGCCGCAUCCUGCGCAAGUGGGACUUCAGCAAGUACUACGUCAGCAACUUCUCCAAAGACCUGCUGAGCAAGAUCUGGAGUGACCCACUCUUCAACGUGCAAGCUAUCAACCCUGCCCUGUACCAGAAAGUGAAGGCUCUCAACCAAGUGAGGCUGCUGCGAAUCCAGCUUUUCCACAUGAAGAACAUGUUCAAGACCUGCCGGCUGGCUAAAGACCUCCUGGACUCCUUUGACACAGUGCCUGGCCACUUGACAGAGGAUUUGCACCUCUACUCGCUGAGUGACUUCAGUGCCAUCAAGAAAGGGGACCUGAUGCCUCGCCUGACAGAGCUCCUGAAGGCAGGCAGCCUGCACAUUGACAAGUGCAUGCUGUGCCAAGCCAAAGGCUUCAUCUGUGAGUUCUGCCAGAAUGAGGACGACAUCAUCUUUCCCUUUGAGCUCAACAAAUGCAAGACGUGUGAAGAGUGCAAGGCCUGCUACCACAAGUGGUGCUUCAAGAGCAGCCGCUGUCCGCGGUGCGCGCGGCUCCAGGCGCGCAGGGAGCGGCUGGACAGGCAGCGCACGGAGCCCGACAGCUCGGACUGCGAAGGGGAGCUGCAGCUGCCAGAGCCAGGGCCAGCCACGUGAGCACGAGCAGCCAAGGAGCAGAUCAUGGCUUUGUUAUGUGCAUGGCCUUCAUCACCAGAGACUGAGCCACACGGACUGGGGAUGAGGACUGCUGGGAGGCCUGGAGCACUGUCCUGAAGGGAUUUCUUUUCACAGUUCUGCUGGGCUGGGAAAGGAGCAUAUUCCACCAAGUGGAUCUGCUCCAGGUACUGCUCCCACUCCCUGAUGCCUUUGCUUGCUCCUGCCUGUCCUGCAGGCAGAACAGGGACCUUUUCCUAGCAGUUGUUCAUGCUGGACCCAGCAGGGCUGUGCUGUCCAUCCCUGUGGGUCCCCUGAAGGGUCAGCACUCGCUGCUCAUCAGCUGUAUACUAGGAAGCUCUGGUCACAUCUGCUCCUUGGAGGAGGGAAUCAGGUCUCAGUCCUGUGAUCCUCCACUCUGCUGCUGGGGGUUGUGUGCAUGGAGGGAGGGUGGGGUUUGGGGUUGGUUGUGUAUUUAACAGCUCCUUUUCUCAAAUGUGCUGUGGGACACUGCUGGAGAGCAGUUGCUCUCACUCCAGAAUCAGAGCAGAGGACGUGGCAAUGAUGAAAAUGCCAGAUUUCCCUGUGCUGCAGAGGGACAUUGCCCCUGGAGCAGCUGCACAAGUGAAUGUGCUGAUGGACUUUGGGCAGGCAGAUCCCCAUGGCUCCAUAGAAAUCUGCCUCCAUGGGACAUGGUGAGGCUUCUGACCCUACUUCCUCCUCAUGCUGCCAGUUUGUCCUACCAGGGAGAUACGUCCUCCUUUAAGGAUGUCAUGGGACCUCACUCUGGUGGCACCAGAACCUGCCUUGUGUGGAGCUGCCUCUCUGCCUUUGACCUGUCAGGAUGCAGGUGAAGGCUUAUCCCUCCAGGUGCAUCCCCAAGCCUCUGUUUAGCUGUGUGUUUUUCUUUUUUUAAUCUGCUGGACUUGGUUUUAUUUUUUUAAUGUGGUUGUUUGUAUUUUUAACUGUGUGUUCCCCUCAAGGAGGUGCUGCUUGAAAUGCCUUCUUAGGGGGCAUGUGAUCUGCUUGGGACUGACCAGGGCUCUCCUGCUCCUGGUUCCUCACCCCUGGAUGGAGCUGGUCCUCUCUCCCAGCAGGAUCUCCUGCUUCCCUUGGGGCAGGAAGGGUCCCUGAGCCAGGCAAAGCUUUGAAGCUUCCCAGCUUUGCUGUGGUGGGAUGGUCAGGCAGCCUGAUUGCAGUGGGGAUACCCAGGGGAGAGGGGUUUGGCACUGGGGUGCUGCCAAGGACUGGUUCCUCACUGAUGCACUUGUGUCACCUGGCACAAGUGACAGCUCUGCAGGGUCAGACCCAGUGGGACAAGGUGAGCUCUGUGCCCAGCUGAGGAGGUGCCUCUGCAUCGUGGGGGGAUGCUUUGGCCAUGGCAUGUGCAGCACCACCUGAGCACAGGUGGGAUGUGGGGUGUUAGGAAGGAUGGUGUGGCCUGUGUACGUGCAAGGAGGCUGUUGAGGGACCAGAGAGCAAUGCACUGGCAGGAGGCCUCAGGGGGCAGUGGCUCUUUCAGCACAUGCCCUGAUUCGAGGCUGGGAUGUGGCUUACAGGCUCUCCCUGUGGGGGUGGCAGGGUUGGGGAGAGGGGAAGAGGCUGGGUCCAGGAGAUGUGGCUGCAGCCUUGCUGCUGAGGGCUGGGCUGCUGCAUCUCUCCCCUGCCUGCAGCAUCCUGACCAAGUCCUAAAAUCAGGGUUCAGCUCCCCACUGGCUCCCCUGCCUUGUGUCUUGCUUCUGCUUUUUUUCCCCAGAAGAGCAGCUGCUCUUCUCACUCUGUCUCUGCAAGCCCUGGGGCUGCCAGAUGCUGGUCUGCCUUGGUCUUGCCUGUCCCCAAGCCCAAGCCAAGCCCUCCUGCUGCUGCUUGGAUCUGAGACCCCCUUCCCUGGAAUUGCCUCAGCAGCACACCUCCAUCCACCCUUUUUUGUUUGAAGCACUUUAACGUCAUGGGACAGCAGCUGAGAGGCUGCCCAGAUCCCUUUCUAAAAGCACUGAGUACUUUUUGAGAAGAGGGAAGGAAUUCUGGCUUAGUUAUGGUUUCCACCCCCCACCAUGGACUGUGUGGAAGCAGCAGGACCCCCAAACCUGGCACAGGUCUCCAGGGCAAGCCUGUGCCCAGCACUGACACUGCUGCCCAGCACUGACCACUACAGCUAACACUGGAACUGGCCACGACAGGGAGCUCUGGGAGGGAGAGCUGGGGGCUGCCCUGGCCCUCACCUGGAGCCCUCACAACGGGAUUGUUAUUGCACAGCACAGCAAUUAAAUGCCGUCCUUAAUAAACGACGUUAAUAAGGA